AAAAUAAACAAUAGGAUCGUUACGAGUUGUGGAUCAUCCUCCAAGAUGAUUCCACCUUGAAACCCAUUUGGUAAUCCGGACUAGACCCUCGUUGAGUCUCUGGUUCUCCUCUGUUCUGUAAAGAUUGCAGCUUCUUUCGUCCUUCAUCAAUGGCGGAAGCUUUUGUGCUUCUUUCUUUAUCUAGUCUUGCUGGUGGACUUCUGGUUUUACUUGUUUAUUGACAUCUCUUCAUCGAAUUUUCUGUUGAUUCAAAAAGGAAGAAACUCUGUUUGAUUCAAAUUGAAGGCCUUUGUGGUGGUAAGGAACUUGAAAUGUUUUGAGGAUAGUGUUGGAUGACGGUAUUAGAGAUGGAUUGUAUAUGUUGGUUUUUGGAUUUUGGAGGUUGAGAUAAGGAGGUUUGGAUUUAUGAUGGAUGGAUCUCAGGGCAGUUCAAAUGCAACCCCUCCUUUUCUUACAAAGACGUAUGAGAUGGUGGAUGAUCUAUCCACUAACAAUAUCGUCUCAUGGAGUCCAAAUAAUCACAGCUUCAUUGUGUGGAACCUACCGGAAUUUGCGAGGGAUUUGUUGCCAAGGUACUUUAAGCACAACAACUUCUCCAGCUUCGUCAGGCAGCUUAAUACAUAUGGUUUCAGAAAAAUUGAUCCUGAUCAAUGGGAAUUUUCGAACGAAGCUUUUGUGAGAGGCCAGAGACACCUUCUGAAGAACAUUCAUAGACGCAAACCAAUCCACAGCCACUCACUACAUAAUCAAGGACUAGGAAAUUCUUCUGGUGCAUUAACUGAAUCAGACAAGCAGGAACUUGAGGAGGAAAUUGAGAAGUUGAAACAGGAAAAGAACAUCCUUAUUUUGGAGCUACAGAGGCAUACACAAGAGCAGCAAGGUGUAGAGUUGAAAAUUCAGUCUUUGGAGGAAAGGUUGCAUCAUAUGGAGCAUCGCCAGCGUCAAAUGGUAGCUUUCUUGGCUCAGAUCUUGCAGAAACCUGGGUUUGUUUCCAAUCUCAUGCAACAGUCAGAAAAUCAUAACAAGAAGAGAAGGUUGCCAAAACUUGACUACUUAUGUGAUGAGGCUGCUGUGGAGGAGAAUCAGAUGGUGGCUUUCCAGAGAGAUAGAUCAGAUGAUCUAUCUUUGUCAAUAAUAAACAUUGAACCCUUUGAGAAGUUGGAGUCAUUGUUAAAUUCUUGGGAGAAUUUUCUAUGCGGUGUUGGUGAAGCUUCUGGUGAGGAAAUGAGCCCUGGUGGAAUACCUUUGCAGUCUUCUGCGGUUGUUCUUACUGAAAUACAUUCGUCAUCCGGAGAUCCAGAUACAAACAUAAAUAUGCAGCCACAGUCACCUAAGCAGCAUCCAUCUUCACCUCAUACCAGAGAUACCCAGUCCUCUCCAGAGCUGGCAGAAUCUACCAGUUAUGGGGAGAGCCUCGUUAUUCAUUCUGUUCAGCUUAAUGCAGAUAGUAGGCCUACUGAAAUUGACAUGAAUUCUAAGCCUGCUUCUGCUCCUGAGGUUCAGUCCCAGAGAGAAAGGAUAGUAGGGACUGUGACUCCCAUUUUGCCAACAGGAGUGAAUGAUGUAUUCUGGGAACAGUUCUUAAAUGAGACUCCUGGUUCAUCCGAGACACAGGAGGUUCAGUCAGAAAGGAAGGAUGCUGAUAUCAGAAAGAAUGAAAACAGGGUAACUGAUCAUGGAAAUUUUUGGUGGAACAUUAAGAAUGUAGAUAACCUUACAGAACAGAUGGGCCAACUUACUCCAGCUGAAAGAAUCUGAUAUUGGUUAAUCAUUCGCAUCAAUUUUUAAUGUCCGAGUUGCUGGCUGUGUUCCUAGUUAAUUUGAUUAAGAGGUAUGGCUGGUUUGGUUUUGUAAAACAUUACAGACAUCAGUAUCUUGAGUUCAUUAUUCCUGUACAUUUUGAUUCAUGUACAUCAGUUUCAGUAUUACAGUAGAUUCCUUAGUAUAAAUUUUA